AUGACAACUGGACACAUAGCCAAACGUGCUUGCACGCCUAGUGCACGUAAAAAUCUGGUGCAGACUACAAAGGAUAUAUGUAUGAAAAAACUAUCAGAGCUCACAGAAGAUGAAUUAAAGACUUAUUUGAAGGUCAUGGGAUGGCCUAAAGCCAUAUCACCGGCUGUAGAAUCGUAUGCUGAACCGGGUAAUUUCAUAGUGUGGAUACUUAAUCGCAUGCUUACCCAGCUCAAAAAAUGGAUGACUCUGCGUACUAGUGGUAAACUUGUGGAGGAGCAGGAUGAAUCGAAGGAAGAAGAGAUGAAAAUAGAAGAACAUAAAGGAGAUAUUGAUAUGGUAGAAAAACCUACCAUCUUCAGGACAAUGGAAACCAAACUUGUGGCCUAUCUGGUGGGAUAUACCGGCGACAUCAAUGCCUUAUAUUCCCAUUCACACGUGCUCAUCAAAAUGGCGACAUUUAACAACACAUUGCACACCACACGAUUGGCGGAAUCACACCAACAUAAGGCAAACAAUCCCGGAAUACAGAUGAUGAAAGCAACGGAUGCCGAACAAGUGCUUGAACAAUACCGCGACUCAGUGGAAGCGGUGAACGCCCUCAUAAAAGCAAUAUACUACCAGUCACCGCCACUAGAUACAACUCCAAGGGAGGGUAAUCGAAUCUGCGUGGCGCUUAGCUUGAAUGAAAUGGCUGAAAAGUUUAUAGAUGAUGUCAACAUGUUUGUAGUAUGGAACCAGGCUUUUCAAACCAUCACACCAACACAUAUGAACAAGUCUGUUGCGACUUACGUAGCGGAUAUAACAAGCAGUAUACUGGAACAUAUGGGUAUUGUGGCGGGAUUCUUGCGGGAGCAACUGGACGAAAGUUCAAAUGUCAAAAAUGCAUACAACUGUGUGGCACAGACACUUAUGGCACAUGUACUAUUUGUACGUGCUGAAAUUGAUGAUUUUAAAAGACAUUCCAAGGUGAUAAUGAAAAAACAUGGUAAUGUUAAGGAGGGGCAUCCUGAAAAACUGGACCAGAAAGUCAAUGCUGCUGUCAAUAGUAUGAUGCGCUUACUGGCAUUCACAUGGGCGCCUAAGUUCGUCAAUGGGCUUAAACAAAUGAUCAAAGCAAAAGAAUAUGAGGAUCUGCUGGACAUGGAACAGCUAGGAAAUAUGGACCUAGAUGAUUCCACUGUCACAUACAACAGAAGGUUGCUACUCAACAUUGUCAAAACCAUCCACCACGCAGAAACCGAUAAAUCCGUGAUACAACAUGGCAGGGGGCUGUGUAUAUUACUUCCGGACAUAUUUGAAGCAUUGGUUGAUGCUGUGGACGUACAUACGCGCAACCAGCAAGAAACAACCUAUUGCGGAGCUAUGAUGCUCGCACUCAUUCUCCCCCUCAUCAUCAGGCUGAUACAGUCAACGCUAACUGUGGUGGACACUCAACCUGAAACAUUUGUCCACUAUGUAACAUUGUUAGAUCUCGUAAGCUCGUUGUACAACAUAUUGAAGGUAGCAAAUAACAAACAUAUACUUGUCCACGCAGGUGACAGGUCAGACCUAGUUGUCAAAACUAACCGUCAAGUAAUCACAUUCGUUUUGGAUACCCUUACGGCAGUAUAUGCAAAGGUCGCUAAGUCGCGUAAGCGAAAGACAAUGAUGGAAAAUUGCGACGAGGAUGAUGAUGCUAUUAGGGUGAUGAUGAAGAGGGCACACUUAGCGUCAAGCAAAUACCUGGAUGUGACUUCAGAGGUACACACUAUACCCAGACUAUGGGACGCGCUCUUGUUGCUCGUAUCACUUAGUCUAGAGUACGCUGAUGAAAAUAUGGAACAGAUCAUGCAUCUGUUAUACCAAGACGCUAUGUUAGAUGACACAGAUUACCAUCAAGAUAUUUUUAACAUGCUUAUCAAACCUCAAAUAAGCCUAGAGGCUAAUGUAAGUUACAGGAGUGCUCAACUUUUUGCAGCUAAUUUGGUUUCAAUGUACUCAAUUGCAAACGAUAUGCCAUCUCUCCUGGAUCACAUGGGCGAGUUCGUCGAAAAAAAGGGCAGAACUAAUAAACAAUACUUUUACAUGGCACAUCCACCUGCGAUAUGCGCAUUUUAUAACAGCAGCAAGGAGUCAUCAACCUCACAGAUACCUAUCGUUAUCCAACACUUUGCGGAAUGGCUGAAAAAGAAACAUGCCUUCAAAGCUUUGCAGUAUCCGCUUAUGUGUUACCUUAGUGGUGUAGAAUUUUCUUCAACCUUGGUAGCUAAAUCUGAGGACGCUUUAGAUGAGAUUAUUUAUUUGGUACCACUAGAGCCAACACCAGAAGGUGUGUUGAUGGCCAUCCAGCUGAUAUGUGCAAUACGUAAAAUUAAUUCGUGGUCAAGUGGAGAAGAUUCAACCCAAAGGUGGAAUGGCCAUAUUAAUAUACUGUACAGGUAUGUACAGGAUCUUACAGAAAAUGUUGGUCGUGACUGCUCGUCAGCUAUAUGGACCGCUAUGUUUUGGUUUGCCUACCAUUUAAUUUUGAUUAUACGCGAUAACCCUGACAUGUGUGGGUCAAUGUCUGGCGUAGUAGACCUUAUCCUUGAUAAGAUGGACAUAGUGGUACAAGCCCACGCCGAUGAGAAGGACUUUAUGGAAACGGCCAACACAUUGCUAAUGGCUAACGCACAUGUCUUCAGUCAUCUGAGCAAAUUCACUGGGAUAAUAAAAUGCGUCUGUGUCGCUCUACUUAAAUUUGAAAAGGAUGCUGGACUUUUGGAUAGCUUCAGAGAGACCAUCGAGGUGCUUGGCAGGGACCGAGAGCUUAUAAACGAGGUCUUAGAUAUCAAUUUCCUACAAACAAUGCUUGCAGUCACAACGAAACAGGGUGCGAUGAUCGACUUGAAGUUGAAGUCCAUUCAUAUUAUAAGGCAAGUGUUAGAAAACGCCAGUGGUCUAUACAGGAACAAGGGCAUAUCUAAACUGUUCCAGAGCCUGGUUGAGGUUGCUAAUGUUACAGCGGCUAAUUGUGAUAUGAAAUGUGAAGAGGAUGUAAUUUUUUUGAAAUCGGUCCUUGAGGUGAUGAACUUUAUACUGGGUCGUGAAGAACAGCUUGGAAUGAGAGAGUGCGCUGAGGUCACGGUGGCCGAUUGUUUCACGUCGUUGAAAGGGGAGCAAGGGCUGUCUGUUGCAACUCAGAAGGAUGCAAUUUUGACCGUAGGUCUAUUAAAGGUGCUUGAUGAUGUCAAAAACGCAUUGGACCUUAACUGCAUGAACGGGCUCCAAACAUCGCUGAAGGUAAUGCAACAAUUGGCAAAAAUCUGCGUUUUCGUCAUGGGGAAAAUGUACAGCGAAGAUUUUAUGGGUUCUUUGGAUAUCAAGACAUCCCAUGAGGAAAGGAAUGCUUGUAUCGGAAAGAUAUUGGCAACUAUCACCACGGGUGCAGUGGUGAAUGAUGAACAGGUUGCCACCGGUGAGGAUGAAAAUAUGGAGCCGUUGCAACUGGAUAGUGGCAGUCGUAGUCUUGCUGAUAUCCUGUUGUUCGUCAAUAUCAUCAAGACAUUGCAGGACAGCAAUCCCGCAUUGUUGGAUACGGCAUUCACAACGAUAGGUAACUUAGGGCAAGUAACCGAUAUUCUCAGCGAGAUGGCGAAUACCUUGAAUUCAAACAAACAAAUGGAUCAAGAACGUCUAUUGUACCUUUCAUGUAUGUUAUACUGUACAGCCUCGAAUGUUCAAAAUACAUAUGAUGAAGCUGCACUAAAACAGGUAUCCAAGUUACAUGAGUCUGUCAAGGUCCUUACCUUGUUAUCACCGGCUGUUUUGGAGGCAUUAAAUGAAGCUAUACUUGAGGUGGUAUACAGGAUAGUGCCACACGCAAGUGAGAAACAGAUACAGGCCCAUGCGGUACACGCACUAUUCCUCAUGGCAACCAUGCAACACAUUAUAUGUUAUAAGAGGAGAGGGGUGCUAGGGUUUGGAGCUGAUCAGCUUGAAGUGUUCAAGACACUGUGUGGGUGCCAGGUAGAUAAGGUGUCCGGUAUCGUACAAACUAUACUGGAGAACACGGAACCUAGGAAUACGUGGAAGAACUUCGCGACCCAUCUAGAAAACAUAUACAACCGAGCUGAAUCACAUCCAACACCGUAUAAUUGGAUAUUUAGGGCAGCGUGUCUGGAGGUCAUGAUGCUAAUGGUUGACAAGAACCACUUAAAGACGAUAUACGGUAUCAAGGGGGCAGCCAAGAAGAAAAUACUAGGCUGUUUGGAUGGUAUCCUGGGCCUACACUCUAAGCAGCUCGAAUGUUUAUCUUGCGAUAUGGAUACGUGUAGAAACAAGGAGAUUAUGCAUUGGGUGAUCCUGAACUACCUGAUCAAUAUCGCCAUAUCUAUAAAGAUUUUGGGAUUUACGCGAUUCCAAGUUAACAAGUACAUGCAAGAGGCUUACGGUGUUAUAUCGGAGCAUCUGCUUGACCUCUCAAGGCUGGGUUUACACUUCCUUGGUUUAUUCAAGACGGAGGCUGCGUCCAAGACGCUCUUUGAACAAAUUGCAACCAACGUAUACAUAGCGCUAUACCACUGCAUCAGGACUGCUGAGGGUAUGAGCAGCGCCCAGAUAGCGAAACUCGUUAGACCAUGGAUGAAACGAGUACAUGUAGUGACGUAUGUUAUUACACGGUUUGUGUCACUUCUGGAUGAGCAAGAUGCUGACAUGUUCGCAUACGUUGCACGAUGGAUGAGUAUCAUAUCACACUCCCAACUCGUGGACGCUACCAAGUGGUAUAUACCGCACAUUGUCACCUCAGUGGCCCAAGCGUGGUAUCAUGUGAAUAAGGCUAUCGCAACAAACCGUGGAAACCAAGCUGAGGUUAUACGUAGCAACAAGAUACUCAAGAGCUGUGUUAUUGAGUCUAUCGGUGCUUGCGAUUAUCACGCUGUGAAAACGUUGUUCCUCUUGUUAACGCCCGAGAUGCGAGCUUUUAUGAAGGAGAACACGAAUGUUUUCAGCCGUAGCUGA